AACACCGGAAGUGCGUAGCGCCUGUCCCCGCCUACCGACAUAAGGAAGCAGGUGACCUGUUUUUGCUUCCAAUUGGCUGUUAUUCGGUGAGGAGAGAAGACGCCGGUGACCUGUGUGUAUGACCGGGGUAGACUGCGCCAUGAACGGCUCCGGGCUCUUGGUCGCUGCUGUGCUGCUUGUACUGAGCGGGAGAGGGGCCGAGUGCUCAGAUCCGCUCAUCCAGACAAGCUCCCCAGAUGCACCCGGCGGAGAGAUACUGACGUGCAAUUUGACAGAUUCUUCCUUUCAAAUUUCUGGUCACCAGUGGUUUAAGGGGAAUAAACUUCUCCAUGAAGACAAAGAUGACUCUCAUGUUACAACAUAUAACAUUACUGAAGUGAAUGUGGAGAGCUCUGGACAAUACAUUUGCAAGUUCCUGUCUGUUCGUGAUGUUGAUGGAGUGAUUAAUGUAACAGUCCCACCCCAUGUUAUGGCUUAUAAAAAAAAUGAGCAUGCAAAUGAAGGGGACACAGGAGUUUUGACUUGUAAAAGCAACUCCUACCCCCUUGUGGAACAGUGGAUGUGGUACAAGUCAUCUGAAGAUGGUCUGCAGCCUAUAGUGAAUGGGUCAGAGGAACGUUAUUUCAUUAAGUCCACUGGAAAUAAGACCGAGCUUCGUAUUCACCAACUAGACAUUGAAAAAGACCAGGGUGACUAUAUAUGCAAUGGUACCAAUGUGCUGGGUGAAACUGGAUCCGUUGUUGCCCUUCGUGUGCGUAGCCGUCUUGCUGCACUCUGGCCUUUCCUUGGUAUUGUUGCAGAGGUUCUGAUUCUAGUCACAAUUAUCUUUAUCUAUGAGAAGAGGAGAAAGCCUGAUGAGGCACCUGAAGAUGACGAUGGCGGAUCGGCACCUCUGAAAAGCAAUGCUGGCACAAACCAUGAGAAUGUGCGGCAAAGAAAUUCGAGCUGAGUCAUAGAUGAAUAGAAGAGAUGGAAGAGACAUUAUUGAACAAGUUCCGAUGUGUUGCACUCAGUUCAAGAAUCCCCUGCCUUCCUUGAUGAUCUACACAGCAGCACCCAAUUAUUAUUUUUUUCUGUAAAGCAAACCGUAAGCUUAUCCCCCUCCCCCGUGUGACUUCAGUUCUGCUGGCAGGGGCAAUUUGUGUUAGAUGCACAGGAGUUGCCAAAUGUGUGUAAUUGGCACCUGGUAUUUAAGUGUCAGUAGUACCAGCCUUACAAAUUCCAUUUUUUAUUUUUAUUUUUUUUUUCUCGUGUUCUAGUCUCUUGAUAGCAUACUAGGCACAUGCCAAACAUGUGUAUUCUUUUUGUUUUUCAUUUAGAUGGAAAGGAUAACGCAGAACUUUAUCCUGUGGUCCACAACCUGAUGUACCGUUUCCCCGAAAAUAAGACAUACUCCUAAAAUAAGCCGUAGCAGAAUUUCUAAGCGUUGGCAUAAUAUAAGCCAUACCUAAAAUAAGACAGUAGUAGGCGAGGCUAAGCGUACUGAUGCAGAGCGGUAAAGACGGGCAGCCCUUCUCCUCUGCCCCAUCGUGACAGCUGCUAUAUGUGGGUUUCUCACCCCCCACAAACACCCGUUAAGCUGCUGCUCCCCAACACUGACCAGCAACAGUCAGUGGGUUUCUCGCCCCACACAAGCACCAAGGGGUUAGGGGAAAAUCUUUAACAAGCAGUCUGCUACUGAGCCCAGAAAUAUCAUUGAAUAAAUGUUUCCAGAAGACUACUUUAUUUGAAUAAAUGUAGAUUGUUGUACCAUACUUAAUAAAAAUAAGACCUCCCCUGAAAAUAAGCCAUAGUGUGUCUUCUUGAGGAAAAUAAAGGAGUCUUAUUUUCAGGGAAACCACUCUGUUUUUAAACUUUUGACACUGGAUUGUAAAUGUUUGAAGAGAACAUGCCAAUAAAAAUGUCCCACCUUUUUA